GUUUCCUUCCCCGUCGCCCCCGUCAAAACCUUUCGCCACAGGGACCGAAACUGCGUGUCGUCGUUGAAUGUUAACACUAACAACGUCAUGAUCCGCGGCUUCGCUGCCGCCGCCGCCAGCGGGAACUUAGAAUCAAAACCGGCGGAGAAGAAGGUGGGGGAAGCGUUGAAAGCAAUGACAACUGAUGAGAAGCCGCCGAGUUUGAUUUCUUCCAAUGCAGUGGUUAUCAAGGGAAUGUUCGGAGAAGGGAAAAUGAGAAGAGAAGCUGAGGAGGUGCUUGAGGAGAUGAUGAGUCAAAAGCGUUUGUCCCCUGAUUCUGUCACGUACACUUCUCUGAUUCACUUGUUAUGCCACCAGUUGCAGAUUAACAAGGCUUAUGAUGUUUUGACUGAAAUGAUUGAUAUGGUAAUCUUGAUGAGGCUUAUAAUACGUACGUGGAGAUGGUGCAUCAUGGUUUUGCUUCUCAUAUGUUCUCUGUACUUACUCUUAUUCGAGCUCUAUCUUGGGGAAGAACAAUGCAAAAUGAGCUGAUUUGGGUAAUAGAAAACGUAUUGAGGAGCUGUAAUCUCAAUGAUUCUGAGGUACUUAAAGUACUUGAUGAAGUUGACGUCUGGAAAAUUAAAAAGGGUGCUUUUAUGAAUGUGCUAGCUGAAAAAGCCAUGGAUGGCCUGUUACUUAAUGGUGGAAAGUGUUCACAUGCUCCAACAAGUGCCUAAUAUCUUUGCUUUUGCUUGUUGAACUCUGUUAUAAUAAACCUUGAGCUGACUCUUCCAGCUUGCGUCUAGCAUGAUUUGGCUUGGAGACUUGGAUGUAUUUGUUAUCAUUGUCUAAUAAUGUAGUUUGUCUCUAGAUUUACUUAAUAUUAUUGAUUUAGUCCCGCUUAACGUGUUAGAAGGACGUGAUUCUAUUUCA